AUGCACCCAGCGUCGCGAGAAGUACCUCACUACAAAGCUGCCAACACCGCACGAGGAGCACAAACAAGCGAAUUUCCUGAUAGCAUACAUUACAUCCAUCCGCGGAAGCACGAACCGGACAAAGUUUUGGAUGAGGAGUGUAUUCCUAUAAACGAAACUCUUCGUAAGCAGCUACUUCAGGUCUUUAGAUUUGUGUCGAAUGCAAAUUCACUGAAGCUUUAA